AUGGCGAGUGUCGAGGCAACAUUUUUAGCACCGUGGGUGGGGGACCAAAAACCACCUCCAUCACCGCUUGCUUCUAAUCCUGUCGUCUUUCGUCGUCGGUACAGUACCGGUCUUCAUAUCUUGGAUCGCAAAAAGGAAGACAAGAGAGCUUCCAUGAUCGAACCGUCAGUCAUGACACCAAAGCUCAUGAAGAGCACUUACAUUGAAGAUGAUGACGAUCUGGACGACGAUGAUCUCGACAAGCAAGAUAACACCAUGAGCUUGGCUGAAUUUUUCAAGUCCAAUGACCCACCGUCGGACAACUUCAUGUCGGUUCCCUAUUCUUACGGAGAAGAAAAAGAGCGAGAGUCCAAAUGGCAUAAAUUCAUGAGCAUCAAGAGAAGAAGCAAAUCCGUACCCAGGCCGCCGGUGAAUAUCCAACUGCCAGACUCAGCCGUGUCAGGUGUUACGAGCGGCGGACACAGACACAUUGCCAUCUCGAUUCCUCUCGAUGCCAUGCCGUUUGCAACCGAUUCAAAAGCACAAGACGAUACGAACGUCAAGAAUAAUACCGGUGUCAAGUCGGGAGGGGCCAAGACCACGUACGGUACUCUCCCACGGAAUUUUGCGGUUCAAACAUACUCCGAAGAGAAUGGCACCAUCACCGUUUACCAUCCAAUCACAACGGAGACGCCCGAAGGAUUGGCCAAGGCUCUUGCUUCACAGCGUAACAGCAUUCUGUCCCAGCAAUCUGUUAUAUCAGCAUCAAGCUUGGGUGAAAGGAGCAACCACACCCAAAGCAGCCAUCGACGGUCCAAUAGCCAAUCUACAGGCUAUUCUACAGAAGCAUCUACAGUAGCCAGCACAAAGAGCAAGCAACCUCACUACUUUAGCAUAUUCCCAAAGCCUACUACUCUGCCGCAGGGUCUUCACCCAACUCCCCCAAGAAGGCCGAACAGUCAGCAGCGAUCAGCACAGCGAUCAGCAAAAGCAACGAGCAUGGUGGUUGCUGCCAGUCAAAAGCAUCACCAUCCAGCACAUUCGGCUUCCAUUGACGGUCUGCUGAGUUUAAUCAAAGACGAGGAGAAUGUUCGGGAUGGAUAUAACAAAAAGCCACUGCCAUCCCCACCUCCAAAGAGCGAGGCCAGAAAUAAGCAGCAGUACAAGCCGGGCAUCGGAUUUCCCUCUCCCAUCACCGAGGAAACAGAUGGCUCUUCAGUAGGCAGCAAGCGUGCCGUUCGAAAGGCUGUAUCUACUCAAUCAAUGCUAUCAGUUAGCAAAGAAACGCCUUCUCGUCCCUCAACAGCAGGCUCAAUACAGAGUCGUCGCGAUAAAGUUCGAGACAAGAAGAGGAGAGAUAUGGAAGCUGUACGAAACGCAAAAAUGUUAAAGGAGCUGCAACAACGACGACAAUCGGAAUAUAAGCAGAAGGGUGAAGAGGUAGAAAGUGCCGAUGCAGACGAGCAAAGCAAAAGCAAAGGCAAAGGCCCUCAAAAGGCAUCCCCCAUCUACACGCUCUGCCCUAUUGUCGUCGUUGCUGAUCUUCAGCCCUCACCGGGAUUGCCUCAAGAGACUCCCGUCUCUACACCACGUGUUUCCUCACCACGCGUCUCUUCACCAAGCCAGAUGCGGCUUUCUCGCGACAUUGACAGCGAAUUGUAUCUGGAGCAGAAGCGUAACAUGAUGGACAAACAAAUCUUACGACUCUACGAAUCUUACCACGAAAAUCGCCUCCGGGAUGUGGAGCGUCGCAUACGCCGCCUGGAGCGCAAUGGCGACGUCUGGCUGCGAGCUCUGGUGCCCGUGUUGGAUGACAUGAGCCGUAAUAUCAAGUCUAUCAAUCCAUCACUCAACACCAACAAGUUUACAGAUGCGGAGGGCCGAGGCUGGGCUUCAGACGACGAGGUCACUGCAGAGCGCAAAGCUCGCAGUACCAAACGCAACAAGGCGACAACAAGGAGAGCCAGCUUGUCUCGAGAACGGAUUGCAGCAGGACUGGUUGGCGAGAAGCUGAUGUCUGACGACAGUGAAUGGAGUGACACGAUGAGCAGAAGCGACGACGUAAGCGGCCUUGGAAUCAUCGAGCCUUUGAUGAGGGAACUGGCUGGCGAAGCACGACGAAGACAGCAGCAGAUUGCUGAGAGGACGGCUGAUGACUGGCGUGGCAACACUGUAUGA